AUGAUAGAAAAAUAUGAUUUUGAUCAUCGCAAUGAACUAAUAUAUUUUUGGUUUGAUAAAGAGAGAAGUUAUCUAUCAAGAAAUAAUCAUGUAUCAUUUAAUAAAUUAUCAAUUAAUUAUUUAAAGAGACUUGAAAAGGAAGAGCUCGAAAAGAAAAAUGAUUCUAAAAGUAAUGAUAGAUGA